GGGGGGGGCAAGCUUGGGGCGGGACUCUAAAUGUUCCUUGCGGAGAAACAAGGCAACUCCUCGAGCCCGUCUCCGGCAUUCGGCACCAACAGAGUGAUCCCAGCGGCGAUGGAAGCGGAUGCGGCGGAUCAGCUUAAAGUUCGGCGCAUCGACGAGAAAGAUGAGACCGGUGGCGGCCUUGGAUGUUGCGGCUGGAUCUUGGUGAUACUGUCCUAUUUCUUCAUGAUUAUCAGUUUCCCCCUGUCAAUCUGGUUGUGCAUAAAGAUUGUCAAGGAGUAUGAGCGAGCUAUAAUAUUUCGACUUGGUCGCAUCCUGGCAGGAGGAGCCAAAGGGCCAGGGCUGUUCUUCGUCUUGCCCUGUACUGACUCCUUUGUUAAAGUGGACAUGAGGACUAUUUCAUUUGACAUUCCACCUCAAGAGAUUCUCACCAAGGAUUCUGUGACAGUCAGUGUUGAUGGAGUCGUUUAUUACCGCGUUCAGAAUGCAAUACUCGCUGUUGCAAAUAUCACAAAUGCAGACUCGGCUACCCGCCUCUUGGCACAGACCACAUUAAGAAACGUACUUGGAACAAAGAAUCUGUCUCAGAUUCUGUCAGACAGGGAGGAAAUUGCACACAACAUGCAGACAACACUUGAUGUUGCAACGGAUGAAUGGGGCAUCAAGGUUGAGCGUGUAGAGAUCAAGGAUGUGAAGCUGCCUGUUCAACUCCAGAGAGCAAUGGCAGCUGAGGCUGAAGCAUCGAGGGAGGCCAGAGCCAAGGUGAUUGCUGCCGAAGGGGAAAUGAAUGCAUCCAGAGCCUUGAAGGAAGCUUCUAUAGUGAUCUCCGAAUCUCCAGCAGCACUGCAGCUUCGCUAUCUGCAGACUCUCACCACCAUAGCUGCAGAAAAGAACUCCACCAUUGUAUUCCCUCUGCCAAUGGACCUGGUGCAAAAUAUUAUGGGGGCAAAAAAGUGAUGUAAUUGAACACAAAACUUGACCACAGUUUCUAUGUAUGUUUUCCAAUGACAGACAAUUUGGUUAGGAUUACUUUUAUUUCUUUUUCCAUGUUGUAAUAACAGUAAGCAGGGGUAUUGAUUUACAGUGAUGGAUUAAUUGCUAGACCUUUAAGGGGCUGCAUCUACUAAUAUUUCACUGUAUGUAACUGCUUCCACUUUUGAACAAUUUGAUUGUAUUUGCUCAAGCAAUGAGCCACAGUGGAAUGUAUGCAGUGAUGGGCAAAUUCACAGCAUGCAGAUAUCCACUAGACCUGAACAACAUGUGGCUUUCAUCAUUGCACUUUUCACAUUUCUGUAGUUGUAGUGUCAGCCUGAAUGUUUUAUAGCCAAACAGAACUUAGCUUGCUAGCCAUUCAUUGGUGAAGCCAAUCAUAUUUUCUGCACAUUUACUUGGUUUCAUUUAGUACAGCGACGUACAGAUGCCUUUGUUCCACCUUCAUCACACAAAACCUAAACCUACCCAGUUUAAAUAAAGCCAAUCCUAUAUAACUCUGCAGUUAAGAAUCCUUGAGGGAAGUGCUGCUUUGGCUGAUGAUUUAAUUGUGAUGCCAUUGAAUUUUUUGGAAUUGUUUCACACACCACCUGUGCCCCAUUAAUUUGAAACGAUAAUCUGUACAAUAUAUGUAAUUAGAAGACUUGUAUCACAACAUAUUUAUAAAUAAGUUUUAAUUUCUGUAUAUUCUAUAGAAACUACAUGUUUUGAACUUGAGGUGUUAAAAUCUAGUGCCCACUUUUGUGCCUGUACCAAUAUAUCAAAGGUCCGGUUUGGAAACUAGUUCAAUUUAAACUAUUGUGAGCACCAAGAAUUCGAAGUGAUCUACCACACAGAUUUGCAACCUUGCAAUCUAGAGAGCAUGCAUGCAUGCCUUUGAUAAGCAUUUCCAGUUACUUUUUCCAUAAAUGAAUUGUAGAGGGAAGCAGAUUAAAAUCUCCUGCCCAUAAUGUCAACAUGUAAAAGAGCAUGGCCCAUUAAAUUUCUUUGACAAAACUCAGUACUGAGUGGUUACUGCCUUGGGCCAGUACUGAGUGUCGUGUGCCUCUUCGUCGACACUUCAGGCUGGGUAAUCAGUACUGCAGCCUGGUGAUGCCUGAUGAAAUGCCCUUUAUGUUUGAAAACUCAGAUUUAAUUCCCCCUCCGCAUGAAGACCUAAAAAGUCUCUUACCAAAUCGAAUUUCUCUUUCUCGCUUUAAACUAAGUCUAGAUAAUCAAGAAAAUACUCUUAACAACUUUGCCAAAAUCCUCUGUUCACAUGACUGGCAGAUGUUUUGAUUGGUCUUAUUCCUGAUUCCUUUCCUGCAAGGAAAGUAACCUUUAAGUGCACCCCAGCCAUUGACACUAGGUAUAACAUUGGAAUUGAACUUGAUGAAUAAGUCGAGGAUGCUCAGACCGUUGCCCAUUAAAUCCAUUUGCUAUUGGAUUGCCUGUGAUAAGCAAGUAAACAUCACAGGCAUUCACAAUUCCUGCCCUGUUCUUUUGUGCUGAAGUCUUUUUUUUUGUUGCUGAAUCAUUGCACUGUGACCCUAUUGUUGGUCUAGCUUCGUGGUGUAAUUUGAAAUAAAUGUCACUCCAAGUGAUGCAUUACCUCACCAUUUUGCCUGUGAGUUUUGUAGGGGAAUGCUGUUGGUCUUAAUGCAGUGCAAACAAAGCCCAAAUGUAACACUAGAAUCUACCAAUGGGGUUGUGCGUAUAACAGCAUAAUGCCCGUCCUGGGUUGAUGGGAGUGGCUGGAUUCUGGGCAAACUGUAGUAAUGUGAACACUGCAAAGUGUUGAAACUAGACCCCAAUAGGGGGCCUUGCUAUCAUUCCAUGAUUCCAAAUGUGGUGUGUCCAUCCAGGUAAAUGUCUCCAGCUCAGCAAACAGCAGAAUAAUGACCAACCACCCAAACCCAAAUUUGGGAUUGGGGUGUGGAGAGGGGAUGUGCGUUGAUGAUAUGAUAGAGCAGCUCAGGUGGUUAGUCAUGUGUGAGAGAUGCAACACUUGGGCAGUGACCUGACUGGGGGAGGGAGAAAGAAAUGCUUCUUUAAGGAAAUCAGAGUUUCAUUUGAGAAUUGAUCUUUUUGAACAGUUUGUUGAAUAUGGUGUGUAAUGUUGUGGGAACUUUGAGGUUAUUAUAAUAAACUGUUUACUGUUAGUAAACUGAGCUUCACUCUGAAACUGUACCAUAACUCAUUAUUACUUCAUAUUAAAAAAAAACUGUUUUGCGGUCACAUUAAUGUGUCUGUCACUAGAGUGGUUGCAAUACUAUCACUGUCCCAAGUACCAAUGGUGGGGAAAUAUUCUUUGUCUACACUCGGACACAAGUGAUAAUGGUGGGAAAGUGAGUCCAUCGACUCACUGUGUAACGGUGGUGUUUCAAUGCGCACAUUUCACCAGAAAAAUUGUCAACUUGCAUCAAAUUGAUCUGAAUCAGUGCCCUCCAGGUCCAUCCUAACCAUCCCGCCUGCGCAAGUUGCUUAAUGGUCUAAAAUAUAUCCAAUCUGCAUUUGAUUAUUUUAUUCUGAUGAAGCUCAUUCAACGGUGACGUGAUCACAUGCAUGCCGAUGGGCAGUAAACAUAUUUCAAAAGGUGGAGGAAGAAAGUGUUAGGUGUGGGUGAAGCAUUGUGUGUAGUGCACUGUCACUUCUGGCUAUGAGUGCAGUCCAGAUCAAUAUGAUCAAAGUACUCUCUGCUGGUUGCAUGUAACGUAAGUUUGGACCAUUUAGCAUGAAAGUGGCAACCUCAUUCUGUUCCACUGUCCACAGAGACCACCAUGGUGGACUGUGUCACUCUGGUAUAGUAGCAGAGCACAGGAGCUUGGCUCUGUAUGAACUCAUGCUGUAUGUCUGGGCGCAUGUUGUUGGCAGAGAGAAUUGGCUUGUCCUUCACCAUGGGAGAGAGUACAAAAUAAAACUUGGCCAGUCAGAACUCCUGUAAAUGCUUUAUGUAGUUGCCUUAUCACUGUUAGUGAUACGUUUAUUGCUGAGUCAGAACCAGCCCAGCACUGCACCAGGUGAGUUUCUCUGCACAUUCUCUGAAGUGACUAUUCUCCGCACCUUUUUGUUUUGAUGUGUCUUUUAAAUCCAAGCCUGUAGCCAAUCUGGAUUAGAAUCAGCACAGCCCGAAUGUGAAUGGGGCAUGACUACAAGCUCACUAUUCAAGAAACCAAGAGCCAGGUCUGCUUAGAUGUGCACUAGGUUGACACAUUAUUGACCAAGGCAGCGUUUUGGAGGCCUUAUAGCUCAACGCUAUAUGCUGUAUAAUUUUCCUGUUCCUGAAGUUCAUGAAUGUAACGUUUUAGAAUGUACACUGUAAUAACAAAGCUAAUUGCUUUUUUGCCGGAAAUGAAUCUGCUUUUAUUUUAUCAUUUAUAUGUUUUUUGAAAGCAUGUUCAAUAAUUGCUGUAGUGUACUUUUAUAAUUAUGCUUGCAAUGCAGCUUGCAAUGCAUUUAAUAAAUGUUAUUAAACCAA